AUGAACCCGGCGAACCAGGACUUUCGAGUAACAGCUGACGGGCGGGUGUUAGUCGGGAGAGAAACGCUUGACAGAGAAACGACAAGCAUGUACCUCUUCACGGUUGUUGCUGUUGAUUCUGGAAAACCCUCUCUGUCAGCUACCGCACAGGUACAAGUUCAUCUUGGUGACAUCAACGACAACGCACCCACUUGGCUCUUUCCUCCAGAAUCGAAUGUGGUUGUAAACGUUACCAUUCACGAACCCGUAGGACACCAAGUGGCUCUAUUACGAGCCAGUGACCCUGAUCUCGGUGAGAAUGGCCAAAUAAUGUUCAAAAUUAUCCACGUAUCCGUGCUAUCCAACACAGCGGCAACCAGUGAUUCACGAAAUGACAGCCAAACAGAGAUCGAGUUAGUUAAACCGGAGAUGUUUGAACUGGACCCUUCCACCGGAGCUCUCUAUAUUGCGCGUCCACUUCGAGCCUCUGACAUGGGUCUUGUCAAACUGCUCAUCGAGGCGAGUGAUAUGGGCAAACCGAAUAAGUCUAGCCACCGCACAAUCCUUUUCAAUAUCAUGGACUUCCAGCGUCCCAAAUACACAGACCCCAGUAGCAACCGAAUCGGUGCUCCCUUCACCUCUGGAGGCUCGGGCUUCCAGCACCACGACCUCGUAGUGAUUGUUGUAAUGGUGGCUGUUGCAAUUGUCAUCUCACUCUUCCUCAUUGUCGCAAUGCUCUUUCUCCGAUGUCCGGUUUGCCUCUUCCACGAUCGACCCAUGAACAGUUACAACAACGUGGCACGGACCACUGUCGGGUUACCAUCCAGCCACAUGGGUGCCCAUCAAGAAGCCUACCUGCCAGAGGUGUUCAGGGACUCACAUGCAAUUGGCACCCUAAGCGGAAAAGACGGCUCGCUGGUGAGUGGAGAAGAGACCCUUUUUUAUCCUACGGACAGAGACAAAAUUAUCCCUUCAAGAGGCUCCGUAUCGGGCAAAAAUAUACUCACUAUCGACUAUGAUGGGGCUCUUCAAGAUGAAACUCUAGCACAAUACCAACAAAGCAGACAAUUUUUCAUUCUGGCCAAGCCUGACAGAGGCUACGCAGUGAGCAUGGACGGAACACCAAUCGAACUCUCCACUCUGGAAAAUGCCAAUGUGCCUCAGCACCACCACCAACAGCAGCAAAGCCAACAACAGACCUCGGAGGAGCAGGAUAUUAGGACCUCGCAGAGUGCCUCUUGCCUCUCUACUCAGCUCACCACUACGCCUAACGGAUAUCACAGCGAAAGCGACCUCGAAGAGGAGCCUCUCAGUACUAAGAAAAGUACCUGGCGGACGAGGAAGGGUUCCACAGGGGUUGAACGUGCUGGCAGGACAAAGGCCACUACAUUGGGAAGAACUACCAGUUCACCUCGAAAAGUCUUCAAAGAGGAGAACCCCUAUCCACAAGGUGGGGCACAGGAGACCCUACGUCUUCUGACCACCACCUCGCCGACAACACCGGGAAGUGGUGCAGCCCCAUCGGAGACAGUCAAAAACAAGCAAUGCUACACGAUGUUGGUCAACACCCCUAGCACAACGCCCACAAAGGUGACCGCAGAGCAGCUACGCUAUGUGCAGAUCCACAAUACCCCCACCCACCUCGGUAAGAGUACACGCAGUAACGGAGGGAGUGGUGGUGUUGGUGGUGGGAGCAAGAAGUCAGCGCCCACUGUCAGCUGGCGCAUGGAACCGCAAGAGCUACACACCUAUUCACCUGAGAAUGAGACCGGGCAGACUGCACUUACUGGCCAGAGGACUUUCGUUGACCUUGAGAAUGGCUACGCAUGCCUCGGGAAGGGAGCAGAGACCAACGUCAUGCCGCCCUACGACCAGUUGGUGCACCGCCUUCGCGACGUAGACGUCAACAGAGACGAGGUUACUAGCGGUGGCUCCUUCUCCGAAUUCUCCAAUAGUGUGAUAUAA